UCCACAUUCCACAUAUGUCAUAACAUUUGUAAGAAAAUUUAUACAGUUUUCGUUAGCACCAAAGCCAUUUUGUUUGAUGUAAUUUAAAGAAGGAUAACGUUAAAAGGAAGCUAAAAGUCUCUAAUAUGACCGUAGUUGAAGGGUUAGCUACAACGUCAGCUUCGGCAAACACUGCAACGAGACCGCGUUGUUUUUUCGAUAUUUCGAUCGGUGGCUUGAAUGUUGGCCGCAUUGUCUUUGAACUAUAUAAGGAUGUGGCACCAAAAACCGUGGAAAACUUUCGUGCUCUCUGUACUGGCGAAAAAGGUCUCGGUUUGGUUACUGGAAAACAGCUUCAUUAUAAAAAUGUUAUAUUCCACCGUGUUGUCAAAGAUUUUGUAAUACAAGCUGGUGAUUUUUCCGCCGGCAAUGGCACCGGUGGGGAGUCUAUUUACGGUGGAACGUUUGAAGAUGAAAGUUUUGACUUCAAACACGAUCGCCCAUAUUUGCUAUCCAUGGCGAAUCGGGGAAAGAAUACGAAUGGCUCUCAGUUUUUCAUUACUACACAACCCGCUCCUCACUUGGACAACGUCCACGUGGUAUUCGGUCAAGUAAUAUCGGGACAAGACUUAGUACGUCAAUUGGAAGAAUUGCCGGUAGAUAAAAACUCACGACCAUUGCAAGAUGUUUCCAUAUCGAAUUGUGGGGAACUUGUACGCCAAGUAAAAGUUAAGAAAGACAAAAAGAAAAAGAAGCGAUCGGCAGCUUCGGCGGAGGAAGACUCUGAUGAGGGCUCAGAAACUGAUAAGCGUUCCAAACGUAAGGAAAAGAAAAAGAAAAAAGAUCGUAAGCGUGAAAAAUCGCAUGAAAGGUCUGAAGCCGAGAAGAGUCAUGAAGAAGAGGGAGAAGCCGAUGAAGAUGAAGAGGAAGGGGAAUUACAUCCACUUGUUUCAGUCACCAAGAUCGACCCCAACGAAAUACCAGAAGUCUCAAAUAAAUUUUUGUUACGUGGUGAUCGUGCGAAUCGCUCACAAGAGCGCGAACAAAAGCAUGAGAAUCGUCGUGAGCGGUCCAGUGAAGUAAGGCCCGCAUUUGGAUGGUCUAAAAAGCGUGUACCGGUCUCACGUAGUGGCCGCAUUAUCAAAGGACGUGGCGUAUUCCGUUUUCGUACACCGUCCCGUAGUCGAUCUCGUAGUACAACUCCCCCACAUUGGAAACGUGCACAGAAUCGUACAAUUAAAUUGUCAGACUUGGAGCGCCUGGAAGAAGAAAAGAAAUUACGUGACGAGGAAAUAAAGAGGCGUGAAGUAGAACGCAAAAAGCGUCAUGAAGAGAUGAGAAGAGAUCCGAAUAAAUCCUUCUUCGAGCUAUCGCAUGCAAGCUCAUAUGGCGGAAGAUAUAGUGCUUCACCCGAUCGCAAGAAUCGUUUUAAAGAUAAUAAUAAUUCGCGUAAAGACAGAUAUGAUGAUCGUCGUGCAGAUAACAUGCGCGAGAAGGAGGGAGAAAAGGAAAGGGAGAGACCAAAGGAGCGACGCAGAGAGCAUAGCGUGGAGCCAAAAGCUGUGCCGAAACGUAAAAAAUCUAUGGACAUGAAUGCACUUGACUACGAACAUCAACCGGACAGUGAAAAUGAAGAAGGUUCGGCAGAGAAAGAAUCGUCCAUGGACUUAAAGGAUAAUAAGUCAAAAUAUGAGAGUAAAAUAUCAGGAAAAGAGCGACAAAAUGUAAAAGAAAACAAACAGGAUAAAGAAAAGGGAAGGAAUAAAGAAAUGGAACACGGCAAAGAAAAAGAGCGCAAAAAGGAAACAAGUUCUAGAGAUACUGAAAUUGAAGGACAUUCAUUUAAAGAAGGCAAGGGCAAUAAAAAUGGAGAUAAUGCAAAAGAGAACGAUAGAAAUAAAGACAAAUCUAAACCCGAUGAGAAGGAUAAAGAAAAGGACAAAGAUCGUGACAAGGGCAAAGGGAAGGAUACUUUCCGUCGCAAUAGGAAUCGGUCCGAGAGCGGUUCUCGCAACAAGCAACGUUCGCGAUCGCGGUCACGUUCAUCGCGUUCAAACUCUCGUUCCUUUCGUCGUCGAUCACCCAUAAGAGAUCGCCGGGAUAGAUUUCCUAUGCGCCGAGGUGGCUUCCGUUCACCACCCAGACGUGAUUUCCGCGGCAGACGUGGCGGUAAUCCAUUUAUGGACCGCAGACGUCGCUCUGCUGAGCGUUACCGCAAUCGCUUGCCGCUUUCACCCAUACGGACGCGGCGUGCAACGCCGUCUCGAGAUCGACGUUCCCGUGAACGUUCUGCAUCAUUUAGCCGUUCAUGUUCACCUCGACGCGAUCGUAUACGCAAACGCUCAGUCGACUCACGAGCCCGCAGUCGCGAUCAGAGAUCACGCUCAAAGUCGCGUAAUCGUCGUACGAAAUCAAUGUCACGAGAAAGGGGCUCACGUACGCGUGGGCGUAAAACCAAAUCCCAAUCACGAUCUCCUAAUCGUCAAGCACGCAAAAGACGUUCGGGCUCGCGUUCACCAAGACGUUCCAAAUCGGCUGAUCGACGUUCUACAAAGAGGGAUAGUAACGUUGAGGCUAAUAUUAGUGCCAGUAGUGCAGCGGGUUCUUUAGAAAAUGCCGCUCGUGAAAAGAUGCUAAAACGUGCUGAAGCUGCACAAAUGUUAAAAGAUCAUAUGCGUAAGGAGAUAGCGAGGGAGGAGGAAAGACGUGCGGAGAAGCAGCGUCUGGAUGAUUUGGAGAAGGAAAAAACUGCCAGAGAGCUUGAAGAACUGGAACGUCUGAAACAAGAAACACUGGCAAAACUGGAGGAACAUGAAAAUUUAAAAAAGAUGAGUGUUAUUGCAGCAGUGGCGGAGGCAAUUAGUUCCAAGGAUCAUGGUAAGGACGGAAAGACAAAGGAGAAAAAGAAGAAGCGUAAGAAAUCGAAGAAACAUACGCGUACUUCUGGUACUGAGUCAAAUUGAGAAUUAUAAUUUUAAUGAACAUAAAUACGUAAAUGUAUGAUCAAGGGAGAUUUCUCAAUUUAUUACAAAAUAUUUAAAUUUUAAAUAUGUACUAUUAUAUUUGUAUAUAUUUAUGUAGUUUUCAAUACAUACAUAAAUACAUAAUACAUUGAAAAGAUAUUAUUUACGAUUGUGUGCGUAACAACAUUUAUAGAUAUUCGGCAAACAAAUGAAUUACUGUAAAUUAAAACUAUUUCUCUUCUUUUCAAUGUUAAUUGCAACUGGAAAUUUUAAAUAAAGGCCAUUUGAAAUA